AGGCACGCAGGCAUCGAUCGUUCUUCGAUGUUUGAAGUCGAGCUGUUGUGGUCGAUAGACGUCCAAUAGAAAAAGAUAUACAACUUAUCUGGAAGAUAGUCGCAAGGACCAAGUUCGUAGAAAAGCCACAGAGGAAUUGUCGAGGCCCAACAGAAUGCCGCAAGCUUUCGCGACCAUCCAGAGACUGCGAGUCGCAUCACGAGCGUGCGACAGAUUGACCAGCUGAGAAUGUCGGAGCAAAACGGGCCCAGCGAGGGCCCAGGUCCAGGCCCUGGGCCUGGUGGUCCUGGCUGGUGGCCAGCCUCGCAAUCCUGGAAAACGAAUUCUUGCACCGCCGCCUCCUCCUCAUCCACUAGUAGUUCGACCAUUCCAGACAGCUCCGCCUCCGUCUCUGCUUCCUGCACCACCACUACCUCCUCCUUGGCGACCACCACGUCAGCCACUUCCUCGACCAGCUGCUGUUCCUCCACCCCGUCUGGCAAUGGACCGUCUGGAACGAUCACUGCUGCCCGCUCUUCCGAAACAGGAAAGAAUGUCUCUGUCACGACGAUUAACGUACCCCCUAAUCAGGAUAUGCACGAUGGCAAAGGUAUAUGCAAGUAUCUUACCGGACAAAACGGCGUGACAGUAUCCGUGGUGUCGAGCUGUGGAUCCGUACUAGGGUGUGGGAACGCGAAUGUCGCGUCAACGACGGCAAUUGGCCCCACCGGUACUACCGGCGGCAGCACCGGUACGCAGAGUAUUGGAAUUGGAGUCAACGUCCUCAGCCAGAAUACGGCCGAUGACGACGCGGAGGACAGCGACGUCGAGAUAAGCAAAAUCGACUUUCGAGGGGUGAAUUUGCGUACGAAGAAGAAACGAGAUGUAUCGGGUAGCCAGAGCGGAGAGAAAAUCGGCGACGCAGAGGUCGAAGAUGGGAACGUCUGUUACGAUGGGAACGACGCGUCUCAACAACAACCCGAGAGGCCCAUGUCGUGGGAAGGGGAACUUUCCGACCAAGAAAUGUCUUCCAAUACAAUUACAAAUCAAAAAAUGUUCGUUUUAUCGCAGGAUACUCACGAGGAUACGUCAAUGGAGGGCGUUCAAGUGUGUGGCCCGAGUCCGGGGCCAAUGGAGCAAAAAUUUCCGAUAAAACUAGAACCAGACUUUCAGUCCAAUCCAAGAUUCACGUUUGGUUCUUUUCACGAGACAGGAUUACCUCUGGUUCACGGCCAACAAAUACAGCAGCAACGCAACAUCGAGAAUCUCGAGCAGACGCAGCAAAACGACUUGCCUCUUCUCGUAGGGAAGUUACUCGGUGGUUAUAAUAGUUCAACUCCAAAUCACAGUCCGGUGUUGAAUCCUAGACACCAUUUAACAAAGCAUAGCCAUACGAGAUCGCAGGUGCCGUCACCGGACUCGGCGAUUCAUUCCGCAUACAGCGUGUUCAGUUCUCCAACGCAAAGUCCUCACGCAGCUCGGCAUUCCGCUCUAGGCACGGGAAGUCCGGUCCCGUCUUCGUCGCUGUCCUUGUCGCGACACAGUUUUAAUAAUUCGACCUCUUCGUUGUCGCUCUCGUUGUCACAUUCGCUCUCGAGAAACAAUUCGGAUGCCUCGAGCAGCUGCUACAGCUACGGCUCUCUUAGUCCACCCACGCACUCGCCCGUUCAACAACCGAGACAUCCGCAACAUCACCAGCAUCAAGUUGCUCAAGGAAGUCCACUCCAUCUACCAGCAACCGCCUCUCCCGUCAUUGCUCAUCACUAUUCCUCCUCUGCACCGGGCUCCGAGCUAUCUCCAGAAGGACACACUGCUACAGACGAUCAGGAAGACUGCAGAAUACCUUCAGCACCGUCUGGAAUAUCCACGAGACAGCAAUUGAUCAACAGCCCGUGUCCAAUUUGCGGGGACAAAAUCAGCGGUUUUCAUUACGGCAUAUUCUCGUGCGAGUCGUGCAAGGGAUUUUUUAAACGCACCGUCCAGAAUCGGAAGAAUUAUGUGUGCCUUAGAGGCGCGGGCUGUCCAGUCACCGUCGCUACCAGGAAAAAAUGCCCCGCCUGUAGAUUUGACAAGUGCCUCAAUAUGGGUAUGAAGCUCGAGGCGAUUAGAGAGGAUCGCACCAGGGGUGGUAGAAGUACGUACCAAUGUACGUAUACUCUUCCAGCAAGUCUUGUCGGUAGUCCCGCGAGUAACAUCGCCAACGAUAAAUUAACUACUGGAGGAAAUUGUAGCCCAGCUCCAGCUGGUAACGAACAUCACUAUCCGCCAAGACACCACUCGAACCACUCGCAUAAAGUACAAGUGGUACCCCAACUUCUACAGGAUAUCAUGGAUGUAGAACAUUUAUGGCAUUACAAUGACAAUGAUCGCAUGACUGGGAUUCAAAAUGCAGGGAUGAAUCCGACUAGAAAUAACGAUACAAUCCCGUUAUUGGGUGUCAGAAGCAGCGGAGGAUCUGGACUAGAGAAUGACAACACAGAUUCGAGUGUUGAGUGUUCCUCUAAUGGAACCACAGGAAAUGGCAAUCCCAGUAACAGAAGAGACGACAGAUCAUGCUCUAGUGUUUCAAAUGUUGGUAACGAACAAUGUGCUGCAUCCAUUAGUAGCAAUUCUCAAAUUAACAAUACCAAUGGUAAUCCAACUCAACAUCCUGAUUUCUUGUCAAACCUCUGCAACAUCGCUGACCAUCGACUCUAUAAAAUAGUGAAAUGGUGCAAGAGUUUGCCAUUAUUUAAGAACAUUUCAAUCGAUGAUCAAAUCUGUUUGUUAAUUAAUUCCUGGUGCGAGCUACUGCUCUUCUCAUGCUGUUUUCGCAGCAUGAGCACUCCCGGUGAAAUUAGAGUGUCUCUCGGCAAGUCGAUUACACUGGAACAGGCUAGGCAGCUUGGUUUGGCGACCUGCAUUGAGAGGAUGCUUGCAUUCACUAACAAUUUGAGAAGGCUCCGAGUAGAUCAAUACGAAUAUGUGGCAAUGAAGGUAAUAGUACUGUUAACCUCUGAUACAAGUGAACUAAAAGAACCUGAAAAAGUUAGAGCAUCUCAGGAAAAGGCUUUACAAGCGCUACAGCAAUAUACUAUAGGAAGGUAUCCGGAAAUGCCUGCCAAGUUUGGUGAAUUAUUAUUGAGAAUUCCAGAUUUACAAAGAACAUGCCAGGCAGGAAAGGAAUUGUUAAGUGCGAAACGUGCUGAAGGAGAAGGCAGCUCAUUUAAUUUGUUGAUGGAAUUGUUGAGAGGAGAUCAUUGAAUUAUUAUCAUACUGAACAAUGCCAUUCCACGCUUAUAGAGUCCGCAAGCUUAAGGAAGCAGGUGUAUUAGAUAAUCAAGGAGCAACAAAAAUGGAAAUAGAACCAUAAACAUUGCAAUCUACGGUACAUUAGUUCUGGGUGAAGGGACUACAUUCUUAUAGAAGUUGAUUAUUAGUUGAUGCAUAAAAUGGAUGAAAAAUGUUUCUUUUUUCUACAUCUUUCUUUUUGUUUUUUUUUUUUUU